AUGCUCGCCCCCCGACCCGUCCACCUCGUCACCGUCCUCCACGGCCUCUGGGGCUCACCAACCCACAUCGCCUACGUAGUCGACUCUAUCACACGGCACGCUGCUCGUCCAUCCGCUCCAAAGUCUCGCGCGAGGGAUUCCUCGCCCACUCGAGCGGCAGAGAAGAAAGUCGAGGUGGUUGUCCUUGCGCCACGGACGAACGCAGAGUCCUUUGCGCAUACGUAUGACGGGAUCGACGUGUGUGCGGACAGGGUGGUCGAGGAAAUCGAUGCCGAGGUACAGCGGAUCGAGGAGGACGGCGGCAAAGUCGAGCGCUUCUCUAUCGUCGGCUACUCGCUCGGCGGCCUCGUAGCCCGCUACGUCCUCGGCCUUCUCGACUCGCGCACCCCCUCAUUCUUCUCCACCGUCCGCCCCGUAAACUUCACAACCUUCGCCAGUCCCGCCCUCGGAAUCCCUCAAUACAAGUCCUUCUGGUCCCGCACCUUCCGAUUCCUCGGCUCGCGAUUGCUCUCGCGCACGGGGAACCAGUUGUACGAGAGGGACAGGUUCCUCCCUGCGCGGUUCAACUCGGGCAAAGACGAUGGAGUCAAGGACCGCAAGGGGUUGAGCAAGUACUUGCCUGUCGUGAAAGGGAGGGAAGAGGCGGAACCGCUGCUCAAGGUCCUCGCGGACCCGAGGUACAAUUUCUACAAGGCGCUCGCAAAGUUUGAGAAGAUUGACGUGUUUGCGAAUACUGUGAACGACCGUACCGUCCCCUUCCCGACAGGCGGUAUCGAAGCGCACGAUCCGUUCGGACUGGCACGCGCCAAGGCGAAGAAGCUUGCGGAUGCAAGAGGAGACGACCCGGAUACGCAGCCUGAUAUUCGGGAAGGAGGUUUGGAGAUCACCCUCGAACCCGACGCGCCCAUCAUCUCCUCAUACCGCACCAUUCCCGUUCCUGCUGCCUCCUCUGAUACUCCAACGCCGUCAAAGCGCCGCUUCCGCCUGCGCCUCCCCUUCCUCCUCCGCCCCACCUCCUAUCCCUUCUCCCGCCCCGUCUCGCUCGCCAUCAUCGCCUUCCUCCCUCUCGCUCUCCCCCUCUCAGUAUUGUACCUAAUCUCCCGUUUCGCUCUCCAAGGCCGCGAAUCGAGGAGGAGGAUCAGGGAUGCGAGGAAGAAGUUGGGAGAGGGGAGGGAGGGGAUGUUGAGGAGGGUUGGGGUCGGGAUGGUGGAGGUUGUGGAGCAGGUCGGGGUGGAUAAUCCGGAGUAUGUCGAGGGGUUGCAGCAGGUGGAGGAGGAGAGGGGAGAGGGACCCCAAAGGGGGUUUGGGAGGGUAGGAGGUGAGGAGACGCCUGUCCUUGCCAGACCGGUGUCGCCGCCUUCGCUCGCGUCGACUCCAGCGCGAUCACCGUCGCCUACAUCGUCUGCCUCUCCCGCCGGAUCCGACACGCCCCUCGUCCGUCCCUUACCCGCCGACGCAGCGCACUACUCGACCGACCCAAUCCUCUCCUCUUCACAGCUCUUCCAGCUAAACAACCUCAACGCCCUCCCCGGCCUGAACAAACACCUCGUCUACCUCCCGCACGCGCGCAACGCGCAUGGUGCGAUUGUAAGGAGGGACCCGAACUUGGCUAUGCAUCGCGAGGGGCGCAAGGUGGUGGAUUGGUGGGCGAGGCAGUUCCUUGUGUAG